AUGGAGAAUGGUGGACAGUACGAAAACGGGAGGUACAAGCCAGAUUACUUCAAAGGAGCUCAGUCUGUGUGGAAUAUGUUGCCACAGCAUCAGAUAAAGGAGCAGCACAACGCGUUGGUGAUGAACAAGAAGAUCAUGUCCAUCCUUGCCGAGAGGGACGCUGCUGUACAGGAGAGAAACCAAGCCGUCUCUGCCAAAAAGGAAGCCAUCGCAGCUCGCGACGAAGCGCUUCAGCAACGCGACAAGGCUCUCACUGAAAGAGACAAGGCUUUGAUUGAGAGAGACAACGCCUUUGCUGCGCUUCAACACCAUGAGAACAGCCUCAACUUCGCUCUCUCCGGUGGGAAGCGCUACGAAGGAGAUGCUGAUGGCUUCAACAUCGGAGAAACCCACAAACUUGCUGCCUUUCCUAUAUCUACAAUUCCCCCUGAGGUAAAGGGGACGUCGAAAAGGAAGAAGCAGGGGCAGGGAAAGGGAAAGAAAGUGGGUGAAGAUCUGAACAGGGGAGUGGCUGCGCCUGGAAAGAAAUCAAGAAAAGAUUGGGACAGUAGCGAUGUUAGUUUAAACUUGGUGACCUUCGACGAGACGACGAUGCCAGUGCCUGUGUGCACAUGCACGGGCUCUGCUCACCAGUGUUACAAGUGGGGAAGCGGUGGUUGGCAAUCGUCUUGCUGCACGACCACCUUGUCGCAGUACCCGUUGCCGCAGAUGCCAAACAAGAGGCAUUCUCGGAUGGGCGGGAGGAAGAUGAGCGGAAGCGUCUUCUCCAGGUUACUCAGCCGUUUGGCAGUGGAAGGAUUCGAUCUCUCGUGCCCUGUUGAUCUUAAAGACUAUUGGGCUAGGCACGGGACUAACCGCUACAUCACUAUCAAGUAG